CCCAUCAACUCUGGUAUCGACUAACUACGUCUGAAUUUUUUUGUUACGUCAUUCACCGCAGCCUUUGUUUAGGGAAGCGCGGACGCCGAUAAACUUCCUUCGAGACGACGCGUGAAAUGUAAAGCAACGUAAUGGCUGUCGCCGCCGCACUCCGUUUAGCUGCACGUUCUGUGACAUUUCGCUCCCGAUUGCAGGAUGUUUUUGUCACGAGGCGUGUCCGUUGUCGUUACUACACGAAAAAAAUACACUCGGACCGUUUCGGUCGCGACCUUGAGCGGUACAAGGACUUGAAGGCGCGUUUCAAGAGACACCUGAAGGCAACGUACGGCAGGUUCUCAGACCUACCCGACCACUCAGUGGUGUACGGUCGUCACCAUGUUUACUUUGUGGAAAGAAACGGCAUCUACAGAAUGGAAAAGACCAAAAGCGAGUCAGAACCAGAGCCGGUUCACGACCUGGGAUGCGUCGCGACGGGCGAGGAGACGCAAGCGUGGACGGUGCAGAGAAUACGCCUUUCCCCACAGGAGAAGCAUCUCGCCGCCACUCUGAAGACGCGGAGCACAGAAACAACAAGGUGCGUGGUGGUGAAGCUGGGCCAAAGACGCGGACUCACGCUGGACAACGUCGUUAGCUUCGAGUGGGCCACGGACGAGGUGUUGUUUUACACCACCCGGGAAGGUCUGAAAUGCCGCAACGUCUACCGUCUGGACCUCACGCAAAACGGAAGCACGAUACGCUCCGUGUAUGAGGAAUCGCAGCCGGAUAUUUUCGUGGAGGUGUCUCGCUCAAGAGACGGCCGUGUGCUGAGCAUCGCCUGCAGCGGCAGGAGCAGCUCCGAGGUGUUGCUCGUGGACGUCUCCGACCCCCGUCUGGAACCCGUCCUGGUUCAGGAGCGCCAGCCGCAGCUCUUGUACUACGUGGAACACUGGAGGCGCAACGCCAUCAUCCUCGCCAACACGGGGCCCGGACGGGAAUAUCAGGUGGUGAAGGCCCCCAUGUCCGAGCCCUCCAUGAUGUCGUGGGACGCCAUCUUCACCCCGCGUCCCGGCACCGUGCUCAAAGACAUGGACGUGGUGGGGGACCACUGCGUAUUGGUCGCCGCGACGACCAGCGACCAGCUGGAGCUGAUCGUCGUUCCGCUCUCCCGACCGAGGGCAGCCUAUACUCUGCAGCUGCCCUCCUGGGCAUGCGCGGUUGAAAGCCAGCAUCCGGGCGUUGCAGAGCCAUGCGGCACAGUGGACUUGCUGAUCUCCUCUCCGGUUCGUCCCCCGGUAUCCUACCGGCUUGGCCUGCGGGAAGGCCUCCUUUCAUCGGGCGCGGGAGACGGGCCCGCUCCCUUUCCAGCCGACCGGGGGAAUGCCGUCACCGCGCGCUUGAAGGCCCGCAGCCAGGACGGAACCUUGGUGCCGGUGACGCUGCUUCGCGGCGGGCCGUGCACAAAAGACACGCCUCUGCUGGUACACGUCUACGGAGCUUACGGCCGGGACGUCGACAUGCGUUUCCGCCCGGAGAAAAGCUUUCUGCUGGAGCAGGGCUGGGCUCUGGCCUACUGCCAUAUAAGAGGGGGAGGAGAGCGCGGGCUGGCGUGGCACAGACAAGCUCAGGUGGAGGGGAAGCGCAGGAGCGUGGAAGACCUUCAAGCCUGCCUCGCUCACCUCUUCGCCUCGGGGGUCUCCGGCCCUCGGAGGACCGUCCUGACCGCCCGCAGCGCCGGAGCCGUGCCGGUGGGGGCGCUGUGCAACCGACGCUCGGACAUGAUGCUGGCGGUCACGCUACAGAGUCCUUUCCUGGAUGUACUGGCAACAAUGGAGGACCCCAAACUGCCCCUGACGCUGGAGGACAGGGAGGAGUGGGGGGACCCCCUGGGAAACCCGCAACACAGGCUCACCAUCGCCUCCUAUUGCCCAGUUUGCAACAUUACUUCUCAGCGUUACCCGUCGAUGCUGCUCACGGCCUACGCCGACGACCAAAGGACGCCUCUGGCGGGCGUCCUGAAGUACGCGGAGAAGCUGAAGGAAGCGGCCAAAGCAGACCCGGAAGCUAAUAUUGUGGUGAAUGUCCAACCCGGAGCCAACCAUGGGGGACCCGAUGACUGGGAGUCCGUGCUGGAGGAGGAAGCCCUCCAGCUGGCGUUUCUCUACAAGGAGCUGGAUGUGGCACCGCCCGGCGCUCGCCGCAGGAGGAACAAAUAAAGCUGCGAGCACGACAAAAAAGGGAACAACAAGCCACGUGACUGCAGUGUGGGUUUCUUAUUGAGCAUCGCGCAGCCCAGCGCAUCGCUUAGCAGGUGUAGAGAAUGUCCAAGGCGCCAAAAUAGCAAGCCUUCUCUGAGAUGUGGCACAGGUCCGGGUGCUUGGCGUGAAAGCGAGCGUGUGAGGAAAACUCCAGCAUCAAACCCUCUCCCGCCUCGGUGGCGAUCCGAGACUUGCCGACCGCUUCGCCGUCGACGGCCCGCUCGGUGCUCAUCGCGACCCGCAAGCGCUCGGGCAGCUCGGCGACCGCCGAGAGGUCGGUGACGGCCGCCCGGCUGCCCAAGUUCAGCACCAGGAGGAAGGCGCGCUCCAGCCCGUCCAGCUCGCGCAAGUAUGUGAAGACGCCGCGGUCGGCGCCGACGUGGCAGAACCAGCCCCGUUGCAGGGCCGGCUCCCGCUGCCGCAGCCCGCUCAGACGGCGGUACUGAGACAGCGCCGAGCCUUCGUCUCCCUUCUGGACCUGGACACGGAGAAGACGCGUGGGAAGCGGUCGGCGCGCGUGCCGCGGAAAAGGGGAGGCGGUCGGGAGGGGCCGCCGCGUACCUCCACGUUGACGCGGCGGUAGUCGGGAUGCACGGGCAACCACGUCACGUUGGUGCGGUCGUUGAAGCCCACGUUGGCGUCGGCGCUCCACUGCAUGGGGGAGCGCUGAGGGGCUCCGCUCACGCUCUGCGCCAAAUAAAAGGGUCAAAGCGGGA